ACAAAACACACAUUACGCCGUAUAUAUGACCACAAACAACCACCCAACAUCAGUGCUUAUUUCACAGUGUUUGAUGGAAGGCAGCUCCCGAUAUACUCAUGGAAUGUACGUUGAUUUGAGAUAUGGUAAUGUUUCAGUUAUAAACAGUACAUUCAAAUCACUUGCGAGGCCAAUAGAUUUACGAUUCCAUGAUCAGUGCCAAAACAUUAACAUUGAGCGCAACCGCGUUGAAAAUACCUUAUCUCAGAGACAUAUUGAUUUGUAUAAAUCUGGUUCUGGAAAAAGCGAAAACUGUACCUUGAACAUUGUGGAUAACAUAGUUAGCCAGGAUAGUGGCGACACUUCUCAAACCGGCGGGGUAAGGGUUUGGGCACGCUACGAUAUUAUGAGAAUCAACUUAGACAGAAACAGCCUGUCAGGUAUCAACUAUCUGGCACUUUAUCUCUAUCUCUAUCACACUUCCGCUCUUGUUUCUGUUUCCGAAAACGUUAUCGCUGACUGCGAAAAAGCCAUGCACGUUGAAGCAUAUGGUGGGUCGGCAACUGUCAGCAUACAUCAAAAUACGGUUCUAAGAAAUUUUGGAACGGAUAUUAUCAAACUCAUAACAGCUGAUUAUUUAAAACGUCCACUGGAGUUUGAAAGAAAUUCGAUGCGAAAUAACUCCAACACAGUUGUUACUGUUGAGGCGUCAAAUGCUUUACUACACUACAACGUAUUCAACAACCCGGAUGCAACGUCCAAUAUUAAAGUGUCCACAUCACAAGGAGGUUACGGGGAUGUGAACGCCACUCUGAAUUACUGGGGCAGUGUUGAUUCAAGGCAGAUUGCGGGAAAGUUGUACGACCAGAGAUCAAACCCUGCACUACCUCUCGUCAUAUAUCAACCCUACUUUGAGAACAGCUCCCUAUCUUCGGUUUACGAGGAGACGCGGAGGUUUGUGACUCCAGACGGUAUUCUUGGUGGUGACGUCAAUGGCAACGUCACAUUGACUGUAGAGGGAAGCCCGUACACCGCCGUUAGUUCCAUUAACGUACUCCCCGGUGACGUUCUUCAGGUUGAAGCAGGUGUCGAGAUCAACUUUUUGCCGAACAUUGGCGUCACCGUCGAAGGUGCAUUAAUCGUGGAGGGCAACAUCGAUAAUCCGGUGAAUUUCUUACCUCAAUCGACGGAGAAAAAGUGGCGUGGGAUUGAAUUUCUACACACUGAAUAA